UCAUUGUCAUAUACGAAGUUGAAAAGUAUUUAAACAUCAUAGAAAGUAAGGUUAGAAAAACAAUUGGAAAAAUUUGAAGCUGAUGAUUUUUUUCAAUAAAAAUGGUUGGAAUUAUAGCCGUACAUUGCGGAGCUGGUACUCAUAAUUCAGAUCUUUUUAAAGAAUACAAAAGAUUAACCAAUAAAGCUUGUUUAAAAGCAAUACAAGUGCUGGACAAUGGUGGAACUUCUUUAGAAGCUGUAAGAGAAGCAGUUAUGAUUUUAGAAAAUGAUCCUUUAACAAAUUCUGGCUUUGGUUCCAAUUUAACCUUAGAUGGUAUAGUGGAAAACGAUGCGUCAGUAAUGGAUGGUAAAACUCUCAGCUUUGGAGGCUGUGGCUCAAUCAAAAGAGUGAAAAACCCCGUGGCUUUAGCAUAUGAUUUAUGCAUUAAACAAACAAUAGAUUUACCUUUGGGCCUUAUACCACCUUCUUUGCUUGUAGGUGACGGAGGAUUAGCAUAUGCAAAAAAAAUCGGCUUGCAAAUUGUUAAUCAUGAAGAUUUGGUUAGUAGAAAAGCUAGAAGACAAUUCACUAGAUAUAAAAAUAUGUUAGAUCGAGUAGUACAACAGAGACAAUUAGAUACAGUAGGAGCUGUAUGUGUUGAUGAAUAUGGAGAAGUAGCAGCUGCUUGUAGUUCAGGUGGUAUACUUUUAAAGCGUCCUGGUAGAGUGGGGCAAGCUGCUUUGUAUGCUAGUGGUACUUGGGCGGACAGUUCUGAAAAAACCAAACAACAUUCAGUAGCUGUUUGUACUACAGGUUGUGGUGAACACUUAGUACAAACACUUCUUGCCAAGGAAAUUGCCGAUGAUUUAAAAAGUAGUACAUAUCUAACAGAGUGUCUUCAUCAGACUAUGAAUGAUAAAUUUUUACGAUCAAAGCAUUUGCAAAAUGUGCGGAUUAAGUUAGCUGGAGCACUGGUUUUGCAUAAAGAUAAAACUACAGGUGAUGUAGUAUUGCUUUGGGGACAUAGCACCCAUUCUAUGUUUGUUGGAUAUAUGGGAACAGAAGAUGAAGAGUCAAAGGUAAUUACAAAUAUAUCUAACAAUACUUCAAUGUACAUUUCUGUGAUUUCCUUAUAUUCAUCUAUUUCAUUAUUCUAUGUCUAUUUCUAUUAGACUGUGGAAUAAAUUGAGUUUUGGGAUAGGAACAUUAUACUUAGUUUUUGAUAAGAAUAUCGAAUUUGUGAAUUAUAAUGAAGCUAGAUAAAAUUUAUCCAAUAUCUUGUUAAUGUUAUAUCCAUAUCAUUUGUUUGGUUCAAGUAUAAAUAAAAAUAUAUGAGCUAGUUGAGUUGUUUCAACUCGGACAAAAUUUAUGAUCGUUAAAUCUAUUUUGGUUCAUAAUGUUUGUUGCUAUUAUUUAUUUACUUCACUUUUAUACUAGAAAGUGGGCACAAAAGAAAAAAGUUUAGUGGCAGCGAUGAUGUAAUGGCAAUAGCCUAGCAUAUUGUCUGCCAAUAUACCAGAUUCAUCAUAAGGAAUAUUUGAAAUUCCAAGAAAUUACAGCCUUUAGUAGGAAUGAGGAGAAAAUAGUGAGGUUUAAAUUUUAUCUACUUAAUUUUAAUUCUGAAAAUAGCUCAUUUAGCAGAAUACUAUUUUUUGUUAGAAAAAGUUUCCUAAAUGAAUUGCGUGAUUCAUUUGGUUCAUAAUUGAUACAUAUCAUUUUUUCAUAUUCUAGGCUUUAUUGUCUGUUCUUCCAGAAAACAUUCAAGAAGGUGCAGCUGUGAAUGUAGGUGGGUCAUAUUACCAAAACCGAUAUCGAUAAUAACAAAUCAAUUUAAAAAAGACUGCAUUUGUUUCUUGUUGUAAUUUACCAAGAUACUACUUGUGAUAAUAAUUUAUAAGUUGUUUACGUUGUUUGUGUAUUAAAUCGAAAAUCGAUGAAA